AUGCAUAUGCGCGAUUCCGACGCAGCCCUCGCGGGCGCGUACCCUGAGUCGCGGAGCUCAGACUCCUUGCUUGAGCAGGCCAGAUCAGCAACUUUGAAAGGAGAAUGUGUUCGUGCCCGAAAACUUUACACCGAAGUCCUGAUGCUCGAGCCCCACAGUAUCCUUGCAUAUCUGGAGCGAUCGCUAGCUCAUUUGAGGCUGGCAUUUCCGGACCUGGCGGCGGGAGAUGCCUACAGGGCUUUACUGCUCGUUGACAUGGCCAGAGAGUGCGACGAGGAGAUUACCCCAGAGAUAGCGGAAAUGGAAGCGAAGACCUUCUCCUGCCUCAGCAUAGCGCUCCGAGAAAUUGACUGCCAUGAAGACUCCAUGAGAUACGAAGAAAUCGGAACAAAACGAUAUCCAGAAUUCAAUUUCGAAGUCCCGGGCCACACCCCCAGAAAAGAGGCGACCCUCCGUGAGGGGGAAUGGAGAAGAGAAGUUUACCCCUGGAACAACAUGGAGCCGGACCGCUUCUCCGACAAAACUUUGGAAGUGCUCAAUGCCGCGAUGGCUAAGUGCUCUGCAAAAGCCGAGCUCAAAGUCGUUGACUUGCCAGUCCUGCAGAGAGAUCUGUCGUUUGCCGGUGACGGUGAUAGAUCCUCGGAUAAGCAUCUGGGAGUCUAUGCCAAGGAGGAUAUAUUCCUAGGCGAGACCUUCUUCAGCGAGGCAUCCCCUCUAACGGUCGUUGCUGAUCCUGAGAAUUCUAGCCUGUGCGAGUACUGCGGUGGGAAUCUGCCGGAUCAGUAUGAAGUCUGCGACGACUGUUGGGAGGGGGACGAAGACAGCGGCGUUAUGUGGUGCUCGGAAGAGUGCAGGCAGAAGGCGUUCAAAAGUUAUCAUCCCGCGCUCUGCGGGAGGGACUUUACGUGGCUGUAUCGCGAUGUUAACGCUACGGCAAAUGUCCAUCCCCUUGCACUGCCCGAUGUGAAAUACCUAUACGGCGUCUCCCGCCCACCACUAAAACACAUUCCGGCUAUUGCCCUACCAUUCAACUUUACCCAUCAGGUCCUCCAGCCUAUACAGAUGCUCCAGGAAAUGGACGUGGACAUAUUCGACCCGAAGUACCUUGACUUCUUCGACCUGUGGGUUAUGCAGACUGUCAGGGCAAAGUUUAUAUCCGUCGCUAGCGCGCGGAUCAGUUCGAAGACUAGAAGAACCGAACUUGCAGCUGUCCAUGCUCUUUACUCCAUGUUCAACCACUCCUGCGAGCCAACUGUGACCUGGGAAUGUGAGAGCGAGGUCAAGUUCACCGGCUUCAGUCGACAUAAGAAACCCUCUGAAUCUGCGGCCCCAAUUGUAGCAGUCAAGAAGGGAGAUGAGUGCUGGACGCACUACUGUGACGUGCGGAUGGAAUACAAAGACCGUCAGCGGGAUGCCUUCGGCAGCCUUGGCGGCAAAUGCGUGUGUAGAAGAUGCGUAGAGGAGGAAGCGGAAGAUAAAAGGGUAAACGGGGUUCCAGACGAGGAGUAGGGGUUUUUUUUUUGGAUUUGAUAGAGGUCUUGAUAUUAUUUUAAAUUGUUUUGGAGGUUUGAUGUUGAUGUUGAUGUUUGGAUUAUUCAUAGGGUAUCACUCGGAAACUCCAUUAGUGAGUACGAGAGAGAGAGAGAGAUAAAUUGAUUUUCGAUUA